AUUCUUCUUCGAACCCCAUGGAUUCUCUUUGGACAUUGAUGGGAAUACUUUUGUUCAGAGAAUUUGGGCAUUUUUUAAUUUAUUCAACUUGGAAGUGAUGUUAGUGAUGGUUUUUCUCAAUAUUUUCUACAAGUACCCAGAUGUUGAUUUAAUGGUGGCAAAUUCUACGGCUGUGUUUGGAUUUCUCGUGAAUACCUUUAAGAUUUCAAUUACAUUUCAAAAAAUCAAGAAAUACGCUGUCUUUCAUGGCAAACUCAAGAAAUUGUGGGAUAUAAGUAGGUGCCAAUUGCCUCGGCAAAUAAAUCUUCGAAAUUGAGUGUUAAAAAUUUCAAGGAUUUUCUUGAAUUUUAUAUAUUUUUUAGCAACUGACGAUGAGAGCGUAGUUUUAAUGCAACAUAAAUCAUUUAUUAAUGCCAUAUCAUUGAUUAAUUUUAUCAGCUUGACUCUUGGAAUAGCAUGGUUGGUCGAGGACUCAAAAUCCUUUAAAAUUAAAGGAUAAUUCUCUAAUUUAUUCCGUAGGUGGUUACUUCUUCCGCCAUUUUUUUCUGCAUUGGAAGAGUACAGCACAGGUAGUAGUGCAGAAUGGAUUCCUCCCUACAACAUUACCUACAUUGAUACAUUGAAUGAGUCUCCAGGAUAUGCUAUUUCAAUAACACUCUUCUUCGUUUGCACAAUGGCGUGUGUUUUGGGUGGAUGUGGCUUUGAUUCAUUUUUCCUCGAAAGCUGCUUCUUCCUUUCAUCCCAUUUUGAUAUAGUCCGGAAGAGAUUUAAAAAGAUAAAAUUCACUCAAUUACCCCAAGAUAAUGAAACAAUUAGGUCCCAGAUUUCCUCCGCAGUUGCAUACCACAAUGUAAUUCUAAACACUUGUAUGGAGCUUCAAGAAUUGGUAAAAUCCGCCGUUUUCCCAUUUCUUCUCUUUGACUCCAUCUUGAUAUGUACCUGCUUCUAUACGGUGAUAAAAAUAUCGGACAUAAGUAAAACAUUGGCUUUUGGUGGGCUAUCCUGCGCAACAAUAGCUCAAUUAUUUGUCCUAACGUACAGUGGAGACUAUCUCUGUAGCAAAAGUCAAAGUAUUUGUCGUGGAAUCUACUAUUCCAAUUGGUACGAAGGAUCUCCAGAACAGAGGAAAUAUUUGAUUCUCUGCAUGGCGAAAGGGAGUAAAGGACUUGUUUUCACGAUGGGAUUAUUUAAUUUAUCUCUAACCACCUUAUCAAUGAUUCUGCAGGGAGCUGGAUCCUAUGUUGCCCUCUUGAAAUCCAUAUCAACUACUUAAACUAAUUGGAAGAUACUUAAACUAAUAAGAAAAUCUAUAUUUAAUCCUUUUCUCUAUGU